UUUGCGCUCAUAAAUUUGGGAAAAAUUUUUCUUAAUUUAUUUAAAGACUCAAAGCUCAGAAAUAUUCUCUAGUUUUACUUAAAGCUGCUUUUUUUUAUGUUUCAAUGGGAAUUUGUUUAAAAUUAUAGUAAAAUAAUGGUUUAUAGUGAUUUAGAAUUAAUUGAAAAAUUAAAAAUUAAAUUUCCACAAUUUGGCUCAUCGCAUCCGAUAGAUAUUAAUUCUGAUAUUUCCUUUGGUGAAAUAAUUCAUGAUGGUAAAUUAAGUUGGUUGGCUACUGGCGCACAUUUGGAAAUAUUUUCUCUUAAAGAUGGUCAAAGGAUAUCCAGUUAUCAUUUCGAUUGUCAUUCGAAGUUUGAAAAAGCAAUUAUAACUAGUAUAACAGAAAUAGAAUGUGCAAAUGACAACUGUUGUUUUUUAGCAGUUGGACUGCAAAUAAGCGAUUCUGUUAGGAGCAUCAUAGCAAUUUAUUCGGUGCAAGGUUCCAAAAUAUUACGAUGUAUUGAGAUUUCUGACAGAAUAACAUGUUGUGUUCAUAUAUCCGAAGAUAUUACAAAAAGAAAUUUUCUUCAAUUAAUGGAAGGUUGCUUAGCAGUUGGAACUGAUAUUGGAAAACUAAUAUUACUAGAUAUAAAUUUCAAAAAGUGCGAAGCUGCAUUACUCGAAGAAGGAGAUGAUAAAUUGGAUACUGUUCCUUGUCAUAUGGUAAAAAGUACAUUAGAUUUUACACAUAUUAGCAAUCAUUACAAACACACACUACAAGAAAAUUUUAAUUUUGGAAUUGAACUAGAACAUGUGAAAGGAGAAAGUUUUGUUUUAUCACUUUUGCCAGUGCCCCCAGCUUUAUGUUUAGUAGCUGGACUAGAAGAUGGUCGUAUGAUUAUUUAUGAUCUAACAGAACUUCAAAUUUUAUAUAUAGUUCUGCCUCAAGAACAUUUAUCUCCUUUAUCAAAAAUGGCUUUUUUACAACCGCAAGAUGAUCCCAAAGCUAUGAUUUAUAUAUGGGCUUUCCAUGAGAACCCCAAAUCAUGUUUUGCAGUAAUGCAUUGUCUUGAAUAUGAAAAAAAAAUUGUUGAUGACAAUGAACAAAUAAUUCUCUUUGAGGAAUUUCAAACCAGUCAUGUUAAAUUAGUCUUAACAAUGAAUGAAAAAGAAAGUUUGCCAAUAAGAUGUCAAGCAAUAACAAAAUUCUCAAAUAGAGAAGAUGAUGGUGAUUCUAUAUCUAUUUGUAUGCUUGCAUGGAAAACAAAAAAUUUUAUUCAACUUCUAAUUUUUGAUAUGAAUCAAUGGUAUAAAGAAGAAAUGCCUGAAGGAGGAGAUUGGCGAGAACACUUGACUUAUUUAUCCCCUUUUCGUGUGAAAAAUUUACUGACUUAUGAUGUUUAUUUCGAUAAAAACACAGUUUCUCAUUUUAAUUCCGUUCAGCGGACUGAAGAACACUUCUAUCCGAUUUCUUUGACAUUCGAUUUUGUUUUUCUGCUAUCAAACGCAAGCGUUUUCUUUCAUUGGCCUGGCUUACAAUACAAAGCUUUAGAUUACUUAAAUGCAGCGGGACCGUUGGCAAUCUUAGACCCUGGACCAUAUUAUACUGAAAUUAAAUGUGCUUAUCUAAUGCCACAAUUUUUUGAUUUAGAAAAGAGGAAAAAAAGGGAAAUUUCUUUGAGUACACAACGUGAGAUCUUGUUAUCUGUCGCAUUGGAGUACAAUUGUAUUGGACUGCUCAAAAAUUGUGCACGCAGUUGGGCAGAUGGCAGUUGCAUUGGCCAAAAGCCUAAUGAAGGCCUCUCUUUGUCAACACUUACGGAUUGGAUAUGGAAAAGAGCCGGUGCUUUAAAACAACGAUGCAAUAAUAUUUGCGUAUGUCUUUUUGACUAUUCUGGUCGUUUGAUGGAUCAAAGAUCUAAAAAAGAACUUUUUCAUUUAACUCGUCAAUUGAAAAUUUUGGCAAGUUUAUUAGAAAUAAUACUUACCAACUGCAAACAACAUAUACCUGGUCAUGUAUAUGAACGAUUAGAUUCCGAAUUAAAUUCAAUUCGAAUAGCUUCAGAAUAUCAUGAUGUUCUGCAAUGGUUACUUAACAUAGGUUUACUUCCAGAAGGUUUACCUGAAUCUUCAACUGAAUCUAAUUCUACCCUAAGCCCGUUACUAGUGCCAUACCCUUACAAACUAUUAAAUAAUUAUUACAAAACCCGGCGACUCCAUUUUCUUGAAAUCAAUCACGAUUUCAUACAAGCAAGGACAAACGGUUGCCGAAUAUUAUAUAUUGAUUCAUUCAUUGAACAUAAAUGCAAUGUAGAAGCUCUAAAAGAGCAUUGGCAGAUUGAACUUGGUCAAGCGGCCUAUCCACCUCGCAGCAUGCAAGCUGUGCUUAGAACUUUAUUAGUUCCAAAUGUUUCAUUGGAAACAAAGCAUGCAUUACUUAUCUAUAUAUUUUUAGAUUUGAAUAUGGCUGUAACAGAAGAAAGUUAUGCUGGUUUGGUUCAAAAUUUAAUAAAAUUUCCGGCAGUAUUCAAAUUAAAUGCAUCAUUGAUAAAAACUGUGCAAGCCUUCUGGAAUCUAGAUCAUGGCAAAUUUGAGGUGGCUCUUGAAGAAAUUUUAUGCCCUUUUUUACAUGAAAGGAAACUUGAACAGUGGGAACAAGAACUUUUGAUUGAAUCAUUACUUAUACAAAAAAGACCAAGCUCGGCUCUGAGAGCAUUGCAAGCUAAAUCAGCACCUGUAAAUUCUAUUUUAGAACUUAAAGUUUACAUGGCAAACAAUCUAGUAUCUGAAGCCUUCCAUUUAACUCGCUCCAAGAACGAUCCAGAAUUGUUAAAAACUUUUGUCAAAUGCUGUGAAUAUUUAGGAAAAUGGAAUAUAUUGCGUGAUCUAGCUUUAACUGAAGAAGAGGAAAAAAUUGUCGAAGAUUUGUUGAAAGAUUUCAAAAAAUCGAAACCUGAAAAUAUUUAUUUAAUGCACAUGCUACAAAAAUCUAAAUACAUUGAAGCUAAAACAUUUUUAGAAGAAAUGAAAUUCGGAAAUAAUAUUCGACAAAAUUCUACUGUGAAUAAUGAAAGUGAUUUCGAACUUUCCAAGACUCUAUUAUCAGCUUAUAAUUGUACUAUGACACCUUUUUCAAAAAAUUUGAAUGAAUGCUAUUAUAAUAUCCGUAGCAAAAUAGGGUUCUCAAACAAAUUAAAAAAUAUCAAUAGUGAAAAAUGUUUGAAACCUUUCAGCGCGGAAUUAUUGAAGGAAAAUAAAAAGGGCCUCACCGAUGAAUUAUUUCAGAGCUCGAUACUAAGUAUUGAUGGAGCCUCAAAUUAUUGGAACGAAAAAAGUGCAUCCAAAAACAGAGAGGAAAGAAUGAUGCAAACUAAUAACGUUCCAUUUGUUAGAAAACCACAAUUGGAAGCGUAUAUCGAAAACUUUUCAAAUGCAGACUUAUUAGCUUAUCCAGAAACUUUUAAAGAACCAAAAAAACGACGACUAAGCUCUGAUAAUUCUUUUACUUCAAAUGGAAUUCCUCUCGAAAGUCCGAUUCAAGAAAAUCGAAAGAAACGAAUUCGAUUAACAGAACUUGAUAAUAUAGGUGUUUUCAAUGAAAAUGACAAGAAAAAAUUUGUACGGGAAAAAUCUAACAAAAAUGAACUUGAAAGAAGCACAGAUUCUCCCGAUUUAUUGAAAACUCCAAUAGUUGAAAGUUGUAAAUUUGUAGCGAAAGAAAGAUCUGAAUUUGAUAAGAAUAAAAGCUUUACACCUCACAGUAUUUUAAAAACAAAAGGUUUGUCUAAACCGACAUCUCAAUCAAUUUUAAGGCCUGUAAAAAUAUCAAAUGCCAAACGAAUUCAGCAUGAGUAUUUCGAAAGUGAAAGUGCAUCUGAAGUAACAGAAAGUGAAAAUGACAUACAUGGUUAUUUAUCUCAUCCCGACAACGUUGAAGAUGUUAGUGAUGCAUUUGCAACUUGUAAAGACUUUUUAUCAGAAUCGCCUAACCUGGAUGCAAAUGAAGUUGAUAGUGUAAUAUAUCAGAAUAAUAAUAUAAGCGAUUUAGAAAAAGCUACUGAAGCUGAACGGGAUGAAAAAACUACAUUAAAUUGCUCUACAGCACUCAGAAGCCCCAUGCGUCGCAGAGCAAUUAAGACCUCACAAAUAAGUGUUGUGCCAACAACAGGAAACGAAUAUCUCACGUCUACAUCUUCAGUCGGUAUUUCAAGAUUGUUUCCUUUAAAAGACAAUGAUACUAAUUCAAAUAUCAGAGAUGUUUCAAUACAUAAAGAAAUAUCAAAAGAUUCUGGGGCUAUUGUUGAUCAAUUUGAGCUAUCAAAUGUAAAUCCAAAUAAAUCUAUAAGCUCAAUAGCAAGACGACCAAUUCGUAGAUCAGAAACUCCACCAAAAAGAAAUGAAAAUAUCAAAAUUUCAUCAAAAAGAAUUGUUCAUUCUGAAGAAAUGUCAGAUAGUGAUAUGUUAGCAAGACGGAAACCUCCAGAAAUUUCUCAGAAAACGGUAGAAUUUAGAUCGUACACCAUAUCUGCAACACCAUCACGUCCGCCUAUAAGCAGAUUGGUAACGGAAAAUAAUUUCUUAAAGAAUAUAUCAUUUACAAAAGACCAAAAACAUAGUAAUGGAAAAGAAAAAACAAGUACAGAAAACUUCAAUUUUAAAGAAAUCACUGAAUACAAUUCAAAUUUGUACAAGGCAAACACAAAUGAAUUUAAUCCAUUAACCUGCUCAUCUAAAGUAACUCAUACGGUUUCUAAAUUUAUUGAAAAUUCAAAACAGGUUAAACUUUCAGAUCAAACAACUGUUUGGGGCGAUAUUUCAGUAAGUGAUGUAAUUAUAAAUAAAUCCAACUGCGAAAAUGACUUUCCUCCUUCUAAUCAAAAAGAAGAAGCAGAAAAUGGGAAAUCUUUAAUGACAACAAUAGAUGCUACCAGUUUCUCGUGGGCGCAUACAGCAGAAAACUCAAAUAAAUUGGCAGAAAAUUUUGAAUAUGACAACAAAAGAUUUACGCAAAACAUCAUGACUCAGCAGAAUAAUGAUCAAAAUAAAAAUUCGACAGGUGGAAUAAAAGUAUUCGAAGUUAUGGAAUCGGAUGACGAAGAAAGUGCUGUAAAAGUUACAAACGCUACAAAAAAUGAAAACAAAAUUGAAAAUACGAGGAAUCAAAACAAUGAUAGCUUUAUGAAAAUUGAUGAAAAUUAUCGGGAGAGUGAUAAAAAUAACGAAAGUGUUGGAGAGGAAAGCGAUCCAGAAAGUGGUAUGAAAGAAAAAGAGCACAGUGAAGAAUUAGAACAAAAAGAAGCAAAAAAUCUAAAGGGUGCGAAAGCCAACGUGUUGCUGCCCAAAUAUGAAAGACCUAGUUAUCAUCAUCUUUCAGAAUUUGUAAAUAAUAGUCAAUCAAAAUAUGUUGACGUGAUUGAUAUAUCUAGUGAAUCAGGAAAUUCAUCUGAUUCCUCUUCCAACGAUUCUGAAUCAAGCCCAAGUAAUUCAUUGGAGAAUAGUCAAGCGACAUCUAAAGAAUCUUCAAUAUCAAGUGUUGAAAAUGAAGCCGGAACUCCCAACGCGGAACAUAUUAGUUACGAUUUAAUGGAAAAAAUUCUUAGAAAUGCAACUUCAAGAAAUCUUAAAAAGGCUUUAGAAAGAAAGCAAAUGAACGAAAUUCCUGAUGAACAAACAAGUGACAGACCUAUUUCAGUAUCUUCAUCAUUAGAUUCAACUUUGGAAAUUUCUAAUGAAGAUGUUGAUAUAAGUAAGGAUCAUCAAAUAGAUGAAAAUGUCAAUAUUCACAUGAAUGAAAAAAAUGGAACUUCCAUCAAAAAGGAAGAAAUCAUUAGUCAAGUUGAAAAUAAAAAUGAAAAGGUUGAAAAAAGCGCAAAUUCUGAUCUUAAUGAUGUACAAAAAUCAUCUGAAGACGUUUCAUUGGUCCAAAAGGCUGGGGAAAAAGAAAACGUUAACGAAGCUUCAAGUAACGAACAAGAAAAAAAAGAUUCGUGUGAAAAUAGUGAACAUGAUGAAAUUUUAAAGAAAUCAGCCUCUCGGAACAUCAGGGCUCAUUCAGAACAACCAAUUAACAUUCUAAAAACUUCAUUUCCAUUAUCAACUCAAAAAAAUAUUUCUAUAGAAAUUUCAGGAAAAAGAAAUGAACGUGCAAACUCCACAGAGCCGGUUCUUACAGGUAAAAAUUCUCAUUGGUUGAGAAGCUCUACACAACCAAAUCCAUCGCAUAUUCCUGAGGAUAACACUGAAAUUGUUGUUGACAAAACAAAGGCUGUUUCGCCCGAGGUCAUUAGCAAUAAAGUUCGCGCAAAAUCUACAGAACGAGAACUUUUCCAUAGUGGUUUGACUCACUCGCCUAGACCAAAACGUGCAGUGUCCGAGCAGCCUGAUGAAUCAACUUCAAAAUUCAGAAAAAUAAAGAAAACUACUUCACCAAACACUAUUAUAACUAGAAGGAAAUCUCGUCUUUUAGAUAGAAUCGAAGAGGAACCUAAUUUAGAAAGUUCCAAAACGAAGCCUGUUGCACGAAAACGUAAUGAUUCUAGCGAAUAUAAAAGCGAAAGCUCAUUUAAACUACAUGUUGAUUCUGAAUUAUCACCACCUACAACGCCUGCCAAAAAAUUAAAAAAUUCUGAGGAGUUGGAUGGAAAAAUAUUAUCGCAUAAGAAAUCUCGUAAGGUUUCUCGGGGUGCCUCUUUAGAAAAGGAUAUAACUGCAAUGGAAGAGGAGGGUAAAACUCAUACGCCUACUAGGUUUUCAAGACGAUUAUCGUUAUAUAAGGAUACAGAUACAACGGGAAACAAUGAGGAAUCUCCAGAUUCUCUCAUUAAAACAAAAAGAAGAAACUCGAUGUUUGUUGAAAACCCAGAUGUAAUUUCAUCGCCUCGUACAAGAAGAGCUUCAAGUUCCUUAAGGGAAAUGGUUUUAACUCCAAGAAGAAGCACCAGAAGUGUAUCUUUAUCAAAAGAAUUAUCUCCUUCAAUCAAAAGCGAAAACUCUGAAAAAAAUGAAGAAAAUACUCCCGUUAAAAGAACUUCAAGACGAUUAUCUCAUAACGAAAACACGCUAAGUAAGUCACUUUAUGAUGAAGAAUCAGAAAAUAUUUCUGGUUUCAUAAACAAUCAAAGUGACUACAUGGAGGCUGACACUUCCGUUAACAAAAGUAUAAAUGAAACUGAAACAUACUCGAUGCAACGACGUCUAACAAGAACGCAAAAAAAUUUACUAGAAAAAUCUGCGAAUAUAAAGGCUAUUGAUCAAAGAACAAUUCCACUAAAAAAAAGACAAAGCAGAAUGGAUUUGGAUGAAACAAUUGAAAUUGAAUCACCAUCAAAAAGCGAUGACGCUAUUUCAGUUAGAUCAAGCAGAAGCAAAAAAUCGACCACGUCUGUUAGACAUUCAAGUAGGCUUUCCGCGAAAGCAAAGGAUGAUGUUUUUGCGGAGGACGAGGACGAUAACGAAGAUCGUGAAAGCACCGUUAGUUCUUUAAAAAGUACAACUUCAAACAGAACACCCAGGAAAAAGAAAAUAGAUAAAAGUAAAUUAAACGUAAUUUCUGAGAAAGAUGAAGAGAAUCAAAAAAAUCUAUCAGAUGUUGAAUCUAAUUCUACAAUUAACAGUAGUGGUCCUAAAUUACGAACGAGGACUAAGAAAACCAAUUAAAAAAAAGUCAUCUUUUUAUUAUUUUUGAAUUUUAACUAGAAUAUUAUGUUCUUAUGGUUAUUUUGUAUUUAAAAUUGAAAGGAAAAUAAAAAAUUGAAUAUAAAAUUCUA